AUGAUAAAACUCACUCUAAAUGUUACUUUACCUGUUAGUAAAAAAAUCUACGUUGAGAAACUUAAAGAUCUUCGCCCAAUAUCUAUAUUACUGAUUUUAUCCAAAGUCUUAAAAAGGGUAGUAUUAAACCAGAUCACUAAAUUUGUAGACGAAAGUGAUGUUAUACCUAAGUAUCAAUCUGGAUUCCGAAGAGGAUACGGCACAGAGACAGCACUUCUUAAUAUAACAGAUGAUCUGACUGAGGCUUCUGAUAAAGUUCUUAGUAGUAUUAUGAUCCUGCUCGACUACUCGCGUGCCUUUGAUUGCCUCCUUCUCGAAUUAUUACUGCUAAAACUUCAGCACUAUGGUUUUUCAGCAGAUACUUGCCAA